AAAAAAAUUAAAAGAAAAUAAAAUGUUUGGGGAAAACCCAUAAACCUCGGUCAGUAGGUGAUUUGGCCAAACGUUCCCAAAGUCUGACUGACAAGCGCCGAUUAGCAAUGGCUUCCCUUGCUGCUUCUUCAUCUCAACUGUUUCUCCGACCCAAAAUUCCCGAACUGUUCUUGCCUUGUAGUUCUACGCCAAAGCCCUUAUCAUUCUUAAAUUCUCCUUGUUUGUACGGACGGAGAGGAAUUCUCAUUGUUUCCGCAGCUAAGAGCAGCUCCAAAUCAAUCCAGAACGAUACCAGGAGUCAGAAAUCAACCUCGGAAGAUAAGAAAGUCGUUAAAGAAGACGAAGAGAUAGAGGUUGAAGAGGAGCUGCCUUGGAUUCAAGAGAAAGCCUUGGACUUGGUGGAGUUCACGGGCUCUGUUACUCAGGCUAUUCCUGGCCCGAGAGUUGGCCAGAGUUCCUUGCCUUGGAUUCUUGCUCUCCCUUUAGCUUAUGCUGGCGUCACCUUUGUUAUUGCCUUUGUUAAGACUGUCAAGAAGUUCUCUUCUCCUAGAGAGAAGAGAAGGAGACUGGUCAAUAAAAAUGCUAUGCUUUGCAAAUCGAUUGAUGAAUUGCUUCAAAAAGGUGGAGAUGCUUUAGAACAUUCAGCCCUUAAAGCACUGGAAAAUAAGACAGGUUUUAGCAUGGAGGACAUUUUCCGCAAGUACAUUCGGUAUGCAUUGAAUGAGAAACCAUUUAAUCCAGAAUUGGUUGCCAACUUAAUCCAGCUGAGGAAGGCUUCAAUGUUGGAUGACUCCCUGGUUGCUGAAAUUUUGAAUGACAUCUCAAGACGGAUUGUGAAGGAAAAAGGCCCAGUUGUCAUGGAUGUGGAAGGGUAUACUGAAAAAGGAUUUAAGAGAAAACUUGCUGUGCAGGCCCUUUUUGGGAAGGUGUAUUAUUUAUCUGAGCUGCCAGAAUUCUGUUCGAGGGGAAGCUCCUUGAUUGUCAAGGAGAUAUUUGGUGUUACAGAUGAGGAUGCUUACAAACUUCGAAUGCAUACUCUUUCUGAAGCUGGUGAUGUGGAUUCACUUGAGAAGAUGAUUGAUGGAUCUGAUUCAGAAGAUUCAGAUGAGCACUCAUCAAAUGUUCCUUGAAUUGAUAUAGUUGCAGAGACAUUCUGCCAAGAGAGGAUCUCAGGAGUUAUCCUCUAGUUAAUUAGUUGGGAUGGAAAUGGAUGAGUGAUUUUUUUUGCUUUCAUGAUCAUGUGAACUUUAAAAAUUUUGAUUGAUUCAAUAUGCUACUCUGUGGAAAUUGAGUUUAUAGGUCAUUUUUGUAUGAUCAUUGUGGAGUGAAAUUUUUUGAUUCGA